AUGGGCCUUGAUGUUAAGGCAGUUGAUACAGUUGUUCAUUAUGGUCCUGCCAAUGAUAUUGAUGACUACCUUCAGGAGACUGGGCGUGCUGGUAGAGAUCCACUGAUUCAAAGUCAUGCAAUACUCCUGUUAUAUAAAAGAUCCUUGGGUAGUCGUAAUAUAACUUCUCAAAUGAAGGAAUACACAAAGUCCAAUAUGUGUCGAAGACAGUGUUUAUUAAAACUGUUUGAAAAUAAACCAGAACCAAUAUCUCCAAUGCAUAACUGCAGUGAUAACUGCAGGAAAAUCUGUUCAUGUUCAUGCAAAUGCUCAGAUGAAUGUUCAUGUGAGGAACCAUUUAAUGGUGUUAAAUCUAAAAUAUUUGAACGAAUUGUUUUGACGAAUGAAGAGGACUCGGACGAUAGUCAGACAUCCGAUGAAGGAUUAUCCGAUGACAGUGAAUUCAUUAGAUAUCUGUCUACAAAACCAGUUCUAAACUACUCAUCUGAUGAAGACUGA